UGUUUGACAUAUGUCAUGAGAUGUUAGGUUAGAAUUUGUUACACUCGUUACAGUGUAUCGUUUUUAUUAAUAAUUUCUUUCAAAUUUAAUUAAUUUAACGUAAUAAUUAAUGUUAAAUCAAUAUGUUUGGAAAUAAGAAACAAAGUUUACCACCUAGACCUAAUUUUCCAAAUCCUGAACAUAUAUUAGAAGAUCUUUCCAAUGCAUCAGCUGAUGAUGUUGCAUUUAAAGUUAUGAAUGAAGACAACAUUCAAACAGAAAAUGUAUAUAUUUUGACCGAUCACAAUAAUUCUGAGGAUAUUUACAAAAAAGUAAAAAUUUAUUUAAACGUUAAAGAACAAUUGAAACAAUUGGAAAUUAUAUUAAAGAGAGAACAGGAACAAUUGGAAAAAGAUAACGAAGAGAUAAGAGCACUUGCUGAUAGUAUCAGAAAACAGGCACAAGCUGCUCUUAUAACGUGACAUAUAUAUAUACAUAUAUAUAUAUAUAUCUUGUCAAUUAAUAAAAUUAAUUUACAAAUGAAGGAUUAUGUUUCAU